ACUGCAAAAUACUGGAAUCUUGCAGAAAUUUUAUAGAGAACACAUCUCACCAGCUCCUAAAUCACCACACCUACAAGCCAACUCCCCUCUAGCAGCCUCCCUACUCCUCGCUUCCUCUGGUCCGUUUCUCGCCCAUCCUCACAAAUGUUGCAGCCUUGGUUUCGCGUCGUGUCCCCACCGCGCUCACCAGCCAAUGAAACCUGCCCAUUCAUUCCCGACAUAGUAAAAAAACUGAGAAGUGUUACUACUCUUUCAACAUAGAUAUAUCAAGAUGGCUGUUAGAUUCCCUACUCCUGUUGCCAAGCCAUUGUGGCCUUACGCUACUGGUGCUGCUAUCACCUACUACUUAAUCUACAAGGCCUCUAUUGCCUCCCAAAACUCUGACGAGUUCAUCAAUGACCCAAGACACCCAAGAUUCGCUUCCGGUGGCAAGUUCAUUGACUUGGAAAAGAAGGACUAAACGGUUAGGCAUUCAUAGCAAUACGAUACUUUAGAAACAUUGAUGUAGACAUGUGGUGUGGUGGAAUUGUCCUAGCUAGGCGACGAUGUGGAUGGCAUCCCUGAGACGCUUAGCAUUGAGCCAGAGCCUCCAGGGAGGUGGACCCACUGGAGUGGAGUGUGGAGAUCGGAUCAGAGUCCGAAGGCCUCCUGAACCGGACGGGCUCCUCAGCCGCCACAGCUCCCCAACAGACGGUGUAGCAGAGUCUAGACCGAACAGGUAGCGCUCACGUGGUUGUAGUCACGUGACCAGUGUCGCCGCCACUGGCUCGCUAGUGCAUGUCCGAUUCGGUGUCUGCAGGCUGGGUUGCAUGACCGUUUCGGAAAUCAUGAUGAGGUGUCGGAGUCCAGGUCCAGACUCCGGCCAAUAACCAGAAAUUGCCCGUCUGUCCGCAACGGUUUGCGUGUUCCGAUUUGCAUGGAGUGUGACCU